AUUAGGAGGGGCUCAGCCAACAGCAGGCUUUGAGUAACCACAGCUCUCGCUGACUACAGAACCAGAACACACUACACCUUCAGCCUCAGCACUGCGUACUCCACUAUUCCCAGCAAUCAUGUCGGUUGAUUUCAAUGGCUACUGGAAAAUGCAGAGCAAUGAGAAUUUUGAGGAUUAUCUGAAGGCGCUUGACGUCAAUGUCGCCAUCCGGAAAAUUGCCACUCUGCUGAAACCAGACAAAGAUAUUAUUCAGAACGGUGAGCACAUGGUCAUUAAAACGCUGAGCACUUUUAGAAACUACAUCAUGGAGUUCGAUGUGGGAAAGGAGUUUGAAGAGGAUUUGUCUGGAGUAGAUGAUCGCAAAUGCAUGACCACGGUCAGAUGGGAAGAUGACAAGCUGGUGUGUGAGCAGAAAGGUGAAAAGGAAGGACGUGGCUGGACUCAGUGGGUGGAAGGAGAUGAAUUACACCUGGAAAUGCGGGUUGGAGAUAUCGCCUGCAAACAAGUGUUUAAGAAGGUUCAUCAGUGAUGCCAACUUUGAGCGAGACGGUCACCAUCCUAAGAAAAACCUUAGAAAAUUCUUUCUGCUCCCCCAGGCAAAUUGGCUCUUUUUACCAUGUUAUUUUCUGUCAGAUUUUCUGUGAUUUUCUUUUAUAAUCUGAUGUUAGGUACUUUAAUAAAAACCUUAUCCCGAUUUUA